AGCUAGAACCGUGCAGGGAGUUUGUGGCAUAACAGCUCUGCUUUGAGGAAGUGGGGAUCUGUGAACUCUCAUUUUAAACUCGUCAUCAUGAGUGAGAGACAAGGUGCUGGAGCAACAAACGGAAAAGGCAAGGCUCCUGACGAAAAUGAUACACAAAAGAAGGUUCAAGAGGAUUUUGAUAUAGACAUGGAUGCACCAGAGACAGAGAAGGCUGCAGUGGCGAUACAAUCUCAGUUCAGAAAAUUCCAGAAGAAAAAGGCCGGCUCCCAGUCUUAGUCUCUACCUCACAAUUUUCAUGAUCAACACUUCCUGGUCUAUCCAGAAAUGAAGAAAUAAAACUUUUAGAUGCAUGUACAGAAAUUACCACUAUUUAAAACCCAAUUGUCAGGUAUCAAAACAAUUAUGCUUAUGCUGUGGCUUAGUCUGUACUACUGAUAUCCGGUAUCAGUUCUUCCAUAACCUACCAUUUUAACUGAUGUUAAAAUAAAAUAUUAGGUUGAAAUUA